AGUGGAACGUGUGAGUUGUGCUAUAUUUUUGCUGGUCUUUUUAAAUACCAAAAAGGGCCAGAAGGAAGGAAAAAGCUCUGUCUUUCUCUCUCUUCUGUGACUUUGUUUGUAUGGAAACCGAGAAAGACAGAGACAAAGAGAGAAACUGAGAGUUAGUGGACAGAAUUGUUGCUUUUCAUGAUUGUAUCUCUUUCUUCAUCAUUAUCUCUAGAUAUUGCUCUUGUUCAAUUACUAGUUCUAUCAUCAGCACUUCUUGUUGCUCAAAAUUCUUGAAAAGAUUUUUCUUGGUAUUGGGCAGCUAGAAUCCUCUUCCGUUUACUCUCUUUUGGUACUGAAUUUGACUCUUUUUUCUUUUUCUACCUUUUCUAGAUGCUGAAUAGCUCAUUCUGUAUUGAAUUGUUGUUUCACUUGUUUAGCUAUAUCGGGCAUUUAAUCUAGAAGGUCCCUAUUUUUCGUUUUCCAAUUUUUUUGUGGUUCACAAUUCACUAGUUCAGCUCUUGACUCAAUUCUACCCCAGAGGGGAAAACAGAGUUAUUACUCUGUUCCGAGUGCUCUGCAUGUUUUGGUUCUUGCACUAGAAUUCUCAGAUAAUCCGUAAAGAUAUGAUGUUGUCGGCGAAGUCUGAAUCCGAUAUCACGAGCCUUGCUCCAUCAUCACCCUCAAGGUCUCCUAAACGUCCUGUAUACUAUGUUCAGAGUCCUUCUCGUGACUCUCAUGAUGGAGACAAGUCAUCUUCAAUGCAACCGAGUCCCAUGGAGUCACCUUCACAUCCAUCCUCCUUUGGACGCCAUUCAAGGAACUCUUCGGCUAGCCGGUUUUCCGGGAUUUUCAGGUCCUCUUCGGGGAGGAAGGGGAGCAGGAAGAGGAAUGAUAAGGGCUGGCCUGAGUGUAAUGUGAUUAUGGAAGAAGGGUCCUAUGAUGAGUAUGAGGAUAAGGCGUUUACAAGGCGUUUCCAGGCCUUGAUUGCUGUAUUGACUUUUGUGGUUUUGUUUACAGUGUUUUGCUUGAUUAUUUGGGGUGCCAGCAAGCCUUACAAAGCUGAAAUCACGGUCAAGGCAUUAAACUCAAAACUUUUGUCAACAAGGCUUGUCUAUCAUGUGUCACACAUGACUGUGUCCAAGUGUGUUCCAAGCUCCAACUUCCAAGUUUGUAAAAGCACCUCCAAAGCAAUAUCAAUCAAGCACUUGCUUCACUCAAUACUCAUAUGCGUACACAUUCAUCACUUGUUUUAUCUUUUGAGUUCAUUGUCUCAAGAAGAAUGUGACUCUUGGCAGAGCUUGGCAGUGCACAACUUCUACAUUGGGGAAGGGUCGGAUUUCUCUGGGGUCCCAACAAAAAUGCUGACAGUCAAUGGCUCGUUGAAGCUGAGUGUAUAUAACCCUGCUACAAUAUUUGGCAUUCAUGUUAGUUCCAACCCCAUUAACCUCAUAUACUCAGAAAUUCCUGUAGCAACUGGUCAGCUGAAGAAAUAUUAUCAGCCAAGAAAGAGUCGUAGAACUGUAUCUGUGGUAUUGGAAGGGAAAAAAGUUCCACUUUAUGGGGCUGGAUCAAGCUUAACAUUUACCCAAAAUGGUGCUGAAAUUCCAUUGACACUGAAGUUUGAAGUCCACUCAAGAGGAAAUGUGGUCGGAAAGCUUGUGAGGACAAAGCACCGGAGGCAAAUUUCCUGCCCUUUGGUCAUGGAUUCUACAAGAACCAACCCUAUUAAAUUCAAGAAGGGGACUUGCACAUAUGACUGAAAGUCCUUUUUUUGUGAUGAUUUGCAUCUUGCUUAUUAUGCAGGCAUUAAAUCUCCUGCAGUCUGAGUUACUGAGCCGCUGCGUUCAAUUGCAAAAUUUGUGUUGAGGGAUCCUGUCAUGCCUCUCUCUCUCUCUCUACUUGGAAGGUUGUAAAUGUUUAUUUUUUUCCUUAUCUUGUGAGCUUUUUUAUGGAAAUAAACAAAUGUAUAGACGACAUAAGAGGCUCUGUCUGCAUGAUUUGCUUAGGAAUGUACAUGGUGAGGUCUCAAUUCAUAACAGAGCAAGAAUAGGACCUCGAUAGAGUGUUCGAAUGUUGUAUUAUUCCUCCCUCCCAAGCUUUUCUGCUGGAAUAAAGUCAUAAGCAGCAUCAAUUUGUAGCAACA